UGUUUUCUCCUCCGAUCAGCGCCAUUGUGUGACAAAGUCUCUGGGAGGAGGAUCGACGGUUUCCACGGGCUGUUGGUUCGGACCGUGUUUCCGUCGUGGACCGGGCUGGUUGAAGACCCUCUCAUGGUUGUGUUUGGACCCCCGGCGGACCUGGAUGUGAUAUAUGUUGGGUAAAGGUGCGAAGCGGAAACUGGAUGAGGAUGAAGAGGGGGUGGAAGGCAAAACGUUGGAGGCGCCCGCUGGAGGGUUGGUAGGUGUCAGCCUUGAAGGUCUUUCCAAGGUGUCCUACACCCUGCAGAGACAGACCAUCUUCAACAUCUCCCUGAUGAAGCUGUACAGCCAGCGUCCGCUUGGAGAGCUGCGCCUGGAGCGCCGCGUGCUCAUCAACAAUAUGCUGCGACGGAUCCAGGAUGAGCUCAAACAGGAAGGAUCAUUACGGCCGCUGUUGCUGCCGCCCUCACCACCGCCUGAUGACCCCAUGGAUGAGGGCUUCCGGGAGGCGCCGCCGUCGUUUGGCGUUCUGUCAGGAGGUGGAUCACAGCCGUCUGCUCUACUGAUGCAAGUGAUCCCCCCACCUUCUUCAUCGCCUUCACCGCCUUCACACCACCCCGUGGUGCCUCCCAGCUGCCAGGCGUCCCAUCGGCUGGAGGCCUGCCUCACUCCAGCUUCUCUCCUGGAAGAGGAUGGCCCCCCCUCACCACCCACGCCCCCCAUGUCUCCUUCCCCGGGGAGACAUGUGUCCCUCGGGGUCCUUGUGCCUGACAGUCCACUGCUAACUCUGAGAGACAUGGAGUCAGUUCUUUCCAUAGACAGAACAAGGACAGCAGCAGCUAAUUCUACAACCACAACUACCUCCCCCGCCCCCACACAACCCCCUCAGUCAGUGCCCCGCCCCACAGGCUCAUUCAGAGACUGUAAGACUUUGGCUGUUAAAACAGAGGCAUCUACUGUGUUUCUGGUGGAGAGUCGUAGUGCUGAACUCCGGCAGAUAGACCCUCCCCCCGCACACACCCCUGCUAGUCUCGAAGACAUUUGUCCCUCUGCUUUGUCCUCUCCUACUUCUUCCUCGCCCUCGGGCUUCCUGUCAGACUUGGCGUUGGAUGAUGUCCUGUUCGCUGAUAUCGACACAUCCAUGUAUGAUUUUGAUCCCUGCACAACGGCGGGGGCUGUGGGCGUUGCAACGGGCGGCGGCCUGACAAAGUUGUCACCAGUGAUGAACACAGAUGACUUACUCAAAUCACUGGCGUCGCCAUACAGUGGCUCCGCCCCCCAAGUUUCAGUCAGUCAGCCUUUUAAAAUAGAUCUAACAGAAUUGGACCACAUCAUGGAGGUGUUGGUGGGGUCAUGAACGAGUACCCAAGAGAGAUUUUUUUAUUCCAGACUGGAAGUGAAACGUAGGAUGAAUUUUCCUGCUUUCUGUUUUUAUAUUUGGUUGUUUUCAGUUUGUUUGUUUGUUUUUUAAAGCUUUCUGCACAGGUCUGUAAUUGUAAACAUAAAACUGAUGUCAACUAGAACUACUAUGGAAACACAACACUGUGUACACUGCACUUGCCUUUCCACAUAUACACAGCAGACACCCAGAAGCCACAUAAGACAUACAAUAGAUGCAAAAGAAACAUUGUAGACACAUGGUUGACACAUGGCAGACACAUGGUAGACACAAAACAGACACAUGGUAGAC